GCCGCUGGGUGCCGAGCCAGGACGAGGACGCGGACGGCCCGCUCGAGGAGUGGUGGCGCGCGCUGCCCGCCAGCUACGUGGUGAGGCGGAGCUGGGCGGACGUCUGCCAGUUCCACCGCUGCGUGCGGCGCCUCGCGCACGACCCCGAGCUGGGCUGCACGCGGGUCAAGGCCAAGCUGCCAGACCUGCCGGCCGAGGGCGAUCUGGACCAGUUCGUGAACG